AUGGAUGUUACUAUUAAAGCUACAGAUAUGUCAGAUGAUCUGAAAGAUCAAAUACUCGCAACCAUUAAAGAAUUGAUGGCACCAUUAACUAACAAUAAGUCGUUGGAGAGAGACGUCGCACAUGAAAUCAAAGUUAAAUUAGAUAAGGAAUUCGAACCUACAUGGCAUGUUAUUAUCGGUAAGAAUUUCGGUUCUUUCAUAACACAUGAACAAGGUCAUUUUUUAUAUUGUUAUUUUGGUCCAUGGGCUAUUCUACUAUUCAAGACAGCAUAA